ACGCGCUUGCAACGUACGGCCAUUUUGGAAGCUCUGCUGCUUCCUUGCGGAGCUUUCAUCGCGAUUACACAUAUCAAUCGGAAUAAUAGACGUUAAUUAUUGAUCUUGCCUUUUAUUUCUAAAUCAUUGGCCUCAAUGUUCGUUAACGAGGGAACGAAGCCAGAAAAAAUGGAAGACGACCAGCAGUUCUGCCUUAGGUGGAAUAAUCAUCAGAGUACAUUAAUCCAGAACUUCGACACGCUUCUCGAAAGCGGGACGCUUGUUGACUGCACGCUCGCGGCAGAGGGGAAGUACUUGAAAGCCCAUAAGGUAGUUCUAUCUGCGUGCAGUCCUUAUUUUGAGGGGCUCCUCAGUGAACAUUAUGACAAGCAUCCUGUCUUUAUACUCAAAGAUGUUAAGUUUAAAGAAUUGAAAGCAAUGAUGGACUAUAUGUACAGGGGAGAAGUAAAUAUCUCUCAAGACCAAUUGGCAGCACUACUUAAAGCUGCUGAGUCUCUGCAAAUUAAAGGUCUAUCAGAAAGUAAAACAAGUGGUAGUAGUAAGACGGACUCUAGGCAACAAAAAGUCGUUCCGCAAACAACAUCACAGCCUGACAUUCCAAUUUCGUCUUCCGGUCUUACAAUAGAAAAGAACAAAGUUCCUAGGCAGGGUAUAUCACAAGGUUCCGUAGGGGACCUGCCUGAAGACUCAGCCAGUCCCCAAAUCCCUAAGGGUCUCUCCUCGAGGGAAGGUUCUCAAAGUCCCACCUCGAGAAAAAGAAAAAGAUUUAGACGAAAAAGUAUAGGUGAUGACAAUUCUGUAGAAAAUCAUGAAGCGUCGAAUUCAAGCGAUAUGCCUCAACAAAUGGGCGUUCCUGCGCUUGGAAUUACACCCGUGGCUGAUGAAAAAACACAUGCAGACCCUACAGAUUCUAUUGGGAGGUCAGCCUUAAUGACGCAGUUGACGAAACCUGCUGAUGAAAUGUUGCAGUUGCCGUUAGAAAAACCUGAGCCAAAUGAUAAUCUCAUCGAGCCAAAGUCUGAAUAUCUGGAAGAUCCAGAAGAAAGUGUCGAAGAUCUAACGCUGGAUGACGAUAUGAAUGAUCUGAACGAGAUGGAACAGGAUAACAAUAGAGCUGGCCCGUCCCACGACCCCUCCCAACAUCCUGCAGGUAUAGGUGCGUGGCACGUUACCGGCGAUCGGAGUAAUGCGGGAGGAGUUGUGGGCUCGGUGGCAGGAGCUCCAGGAACGACAGAUGAAGUCUUCCUUGCAGCCCAGGAGGCCGCCCAGGCCCACCGCGACUCUCAAGCAAGCCCUAUGAUGGAGGGUGUCUCUGCCAGCGAGCUGAGAUUUCGGUGUGUCAUGUGUGGACGUGAAUAUAGGUCACGAUCCUCUCUGACACGACACUCCAGGUACGAGUGUGGAAGACUCGGAUCCAGGUAUACUUUCACGUGCACUCUCUGCGGAAAAUACUUCUGUCGACCGGAUCACCUGAAGCAGCACAUCCUCAAUAUUCAUGGUGGAUCGGUCGCUAAGUAGCUUCCACUUCUCGCCGACAAUCCUAUUUCAAAGGUGUUCGAUUACGGAUUUACGAAUCUAUCGUACGAAUUUAAUUGUAGUUUUAAUUUAUCCGACUUUCGUCUUUUCUUCGAACAAUCGACGUUGAUACAUACACGUUGCUGUUUCUUUAAUUUAUUCGUCUUUUAUUCAAUAAUAUAUAUCAAGUGUAUAUUGUUGGACCACAUAAAUAUUAAUUCCGGCGAAUGACAUAUAUAUUAGAUGAAUAGAUAGAUUUCAAAAUAAUAAUCGAAAAAGGGAAACGUACGGUAAUUGCAGUGUAUAUGGUGUGUGUGUGUGCGUGUGUGUGUGUAUGUGUGUGUAUUCAGUUUAAUAAAUUUUGAUCGUACAUUUUUGUUUUCUUUUGUUUUCAAUAUAAAGUUUUUUAGUUUUGUUAGCUCUGUUUAUGUAAGUGUUAUUAUCGUAUGUUUUCUUUCUGUACUUACUAUUUUGGAAUCUCAUCUGCUACUGUCCAAAGAUAAACCAAAGGUAAUUUUUGUGAUAAACUUUGAAUCGUAUGUACAAAAAAGUCAAUUGUUAAUAGUAACAUGAAAUUUAUUAGUUUUGACUGUGUAUAAUAUUUAUUAGUGAUAAAAUUUUUCAUCGAGCGAAUAACACAAAGAGACUGUGACACGUGCAAUAUUAUUGAUAUACGUGAUAAAAAAAGUAACUAAUAAUUAUAUAUAGGAAAUCUCAAGUUACUUAGUGCUAGGUCAGUUCUAAUCUGCAUCUGCCAAAUUAAAUUCAGAAUCGUUUGAUGAUUGAUUUUAUGCAAAAGACAGUAAAUUAGACGUGCAUUCUGCGUCUUAAUUUUAUUGCCAGCUGUGACAUAUUUUUAUUAAUUACAUUGAAGAAUGUAUACGUUGGUGUACUUAGGUGGAAUUGAAUUUCAUUCAAAAAAAGUUUGUGAUCUUAACAAGGAAUCGUUAUUUUAGGCUGCAUAAAUUAAUUAUUUUAUAUACUAUGCGUGCGCGCAUGUCAAAACUGCCAAAUAGUUCGAUUAAAAAUAAUGCCAAAUAAAUAAUAUUCCUAUCUUUCAUUCAUUACUAUUUUUUCUUAUUUUAAUAUUUAUUGGAAUAAUAGAUGUUCAAGUAAUUUUAAUAAUAAGUAUAUACAAGUGUGUAUAUACGUGGUCUAUUUAAGUAGGCCUAUCCUAUUUGUUACAUAAUCAGAUCGAGCAUUAUGUGAAAAUUAUUUAUAUGUUGAAUAAUUCUAACUAUUAAUUAUUGGCAAUUUCAUCGAGAGUGUUGCAGUACGAUAUGAAAUACACCUUGUGUGCAUUUAUCCUUAAACGUGAUAUAUAUAAGAAUAUGGUAUACGAACAAUUCAAUUAGACAAAUUAGUCUCUUUUGGUCAGGUUAGUAUAAUAUAUGUAUAUAUGUAUGUAACUGAUUGACAACAUAUUUAUCAGAUGUUAUUUUUGCAAUGUUAGCACGGUGCACAUCAGAAAGAUAUUUUUUAUCGUGUACAAAAAUCAUUUGAUUAAUUAUAUAAUUUUAUUAGACGUUAUAUAGUAUAUUAAUAAAAUAUACAAUUUUGAACAUCGAUUUAUACAACGAAAUCAACAAUAUAUCGUUAUCGUUAUCGUUAUUGCUAUCGCUAUUGUUAUCGUUACCGUUGUCGUCGUGGAGCAUUAAACACGUGUUAUUGCCUUUUGAAUUUUACAAAUAUGGUAUGGAAUGUAAAUAAAAAAAGAAGUCCUUGGACGUUUCCUUUUGAUCCAA